GAGUUCGCACCAGAUUUGAAUCAACACAACAGGAUCAUUUGACUUUUUUAACCGAUCUGAACUUAACCAUAGAAAUUCAGCAUCAAAACCGGUCUGAAAAUAAUCAUCGAUUCAGAAUGGAUAACAGCCUUCCGGAGAGUCGGAGGCUUAUGUUUGGACAUACUGUGCCUGGCAGUGUAAUGGCUUCAUCUUCAAGAGCCGGAGUUGUGGUAGAUCCGAUGCCUUUGUCAGGCCAAACGGCAUCUCUUAGAACAGACAUAACCCAAGACCUGCUCGAGCAAAGAGGCACCCAGGAGCAGGCCAAACUCCUGGAAAGAUUUAAACUGCUGCGACAGUGGCAACAACAGCAACAAAAUCAACUCAUGCUCCAACAGCAGCAACAAUUGGAGCUGCUGAGGAACCAGCAAGAGUCUGUGCAACAGGCUCUCAUGCAACAGAGGCUCAAGCAAUGGGGAGGUGUGAAGGUCACAAAUUCGCCGCCCAAGUCUCCGUCGCGCAGAGGUAGUCCCAAGAAAUCACCAACACCAAGUCCUUCACGUGGGACCAAAGUGUCAAGUUCAGUACCCAAGGCCCUUGCACAGGCAGCCUUGACCCAGCCAGUGUCCUCUCAGAGUGGGAAUCUGCAAGGUAUGGAGAACCUGGAUCCUCUUGCAAUGCUCUUUGAAUCAUCAACCCAUCAGGAGGAAGGCGACAUGGACUCUGAGAUGGAACAUCCUAGCUCUAUGUCUGUAGAGGGCGUCUUUCCUCUCCCAGACACUGCAUCCGAGACGAGUGAGGCAGGCAACGAUGAUCAUCACCAUGACGAUCUGUUGGAAAGGAGAAUCACAGAUGUUGAGAGCAGAGAUGAUGGGAUGUUCAGAUCAGCAUCAGAUUUCUCUAUGACACCAACAAGCAGAAGUCCUCGGGAGACCCACCAUCUUUCCAUCCAUCUUCCAGAUACGGGCAGGACAGAAGAGAACCCGCCAUUCCAUUCUCCCGACAACUACCCCUCCUCCCCCGCCAUCUCCCCUCGGCUAUCGCCUUUCACACCCACCACACCGUCCCACCGGGAGAAGGACCGCAGCACCAUGGAGGAAAAGGACGGAGGGCUUGGGAGGGAAGAGAGGGCAAUCAAUUCUCAACUCGGAGUGGAAUUCAAGUCGUUUGAGGAGCUUGUGGAGAUGCAGAUUAAGGCUGAUGAUCGAACGCUACCUACUCCUACUGCUGCUUCCACUGCUUCAGAACAGACUACCGGUAGACCGCGGCAUGCCUUCUUGAAGAGGGGCGAGGGGAUCUCCAGAUUUGGUAUGAAACCAAGGAAACUCAAGCCUCGCAAGAAAAUACCAGCACAGCCAGGUCAGGGCAGCGUUGAAGCAACCAAGGCGAAGGGUGGUGAAAGCAAAGUCAAGAGCCUGACGGAGGAUCUUGGUGGAAAGCAGAGAAUGAAACAACCAAAGAAAGACGAGAAUCCAAAGAUUUCGAGGAAGAUCUCAAGCAAACUGCCAUCACAUUCUCAACCUGGAGGGCAGGCCCCCGAGAGUGUCUUCAAGAAGCCCCUCCCAGCUCCUGGUCAAAAACUCAAGACCAAUAAACCGGUCAUGUCACCUGUGGAGAGAGAGAAAGUGGGUGUGGCUCUCCAGCCCCGUCCCGUCGUACCCAGCCUGGACCUUCCGUACAGCAGCCAAUCGGAGCUUGAUGACACCUUGGAGGCUUCUUUUGCCAGACGCACCAAGAUCUGGGAGAAAAAAUCCAAGAUAGAGCAAGAAGAUCUGGACGAGUUUGAGAUGUUAGAAGAGGCUGCUGAUGAUAAUGUUUCAUUCUGUAGUGAGGCUUCCUUGGUUAUCAAUGUUCUGCAGAGAGCUCAGAGAAGAAAACAGGAGCUUCUUGGUCUGUCCCCACUGCUCAAGAAAACUCCUCUUGCUACACUCCAGUCUGUGGAUGCUACAGAGGAAAAUAAUCACGAGUCACAUGAUGCACCACCUGAUCAGUCACAUGACUCGACCCUUACGAAUAGAGACCCUAUGAAAAACAUACAAAGGUCGAAUGAUGGAGAGAUUGGGUUUUCUGGGGAACAUUACAAUGAGUCAAUUGAUGGAAAGGUGUCCGACAAUAGACCAUCAGCGGUGUGUAAGGAAAAGGUUGCUGGUGGACAGCUGAUCUUGAAUGGCGGAGAGGCAGCUGAGAUACAAGAUGACUUCUACUCCUCGGGGGAAGAUUCGGAUGAGGAGAUGGUUAACGAUUCCGAUGACGUUGUGGUAGGGAGAGCUCUGAUGAGGAAGGUGUCCAAAAGAUCUUCAGAAAAGAAUUUCUUGGUGGAAAAUGAAGUGGAUACAGAGGAAGAUGAGGAUGAGGCUGGCUCAGGAAAGGGACAGGAAGUCAUUCAUAUAGGAAGGUUGGAUAGUAGUGGUGAUGAUGAUGAUGGUGAGGAGGAGGAGGAAGAUUUUGAUAUUUACAGAACAGGAAUGAAUGAAAACAGAAACAAUAAUAGCAAUAUCAAUCUAAAACAUGAAAUGCUUCUGGCUGAUGAAAGGAAACCAAGAACUUCUAGUAGCGCAAAAGCUAAGAACCUUCACUUUGAGGACAGUGGAGAAGUCCAUAAUGGCGACGUUGAGGAAAAGCUCACCACUCCGGAUUCCUUUAGGGAAGAUUUUGAGGGCACACCGAGGAAGAGUGCUGCCUCCCCGGAGGCUGUGGAUCAGGCUGAGUUUGAGGAUGAGGAAACGUGGGGUGACUUUACAGCACAGCUAAGUGACAGCAGUGAUGAGGACAGCAUCGUUGCUUUGGCACCUAACCUCAAAUCAACUCCAGCAAAAGAAGAAGAAAGAGCUGGGAUGAGAAGGAAGAAAAGUGAGAAAACAACUGGUGAGCAAGUCCAUCUUUCUCCCCCUCCGACUUCGGCCCUUGUUGCCAAGCUCUUUCCAAAACUCAGGCAGCCUGAUGAUAAACAUAAGCAGCAAAUUGAGAAGGAAGAGAAGGUCCUCCAUGUAAAGGCUGAGAGGCCUGCAGGAGACGGCGCCCAGGCCAGGCUCCUGAGGGAUCGGCUCACUCAGCUGGAGAAUGAAAUUGAGAGAUUUCGGAAGGAGAACCUCCUCCUGGCAAAGCUCAGGGAAGAAAGAGAAAAGGGACUAGAAUCCAUGAAGAAGGAAAUGGAAGAGUUUCAGAAACAGAAAGCCGAGGACUUGCAGAGACUUCAAGAAUACAAGGAAGAGGAAAUAAAGAAACUGAAACGUGAAAGGAAGAUGUUUGAAAAGCACCAGAAGAAUUUAAGAGCCAUGCCUGAUAAACGAGACCGGGAAGAGAUUGAAAUGCUCAAACACCAGUUGAGCGAGCUUCAAACGGAACUCAAGCAGCGCGAGUCAAGAUGGAACGCAUCAACGCGGAGGCUCAGAGAUCGAACUGUUGCCUUGGAAACAGAGAAUACAGAGCUUCGGGAGGAGAUCCGUCUCCUUGAGCAGAGGAGGAUUGCUUCAUGGAAGAAGGAGGAGAUGAAUAAGGGGAAGCCCGUUUAUGCCCAACCCUCUUCUACAGCAAAAGCUAGGACCCCCAAAGUAGCUGAAAAUCAAGCCAUCGAACAGUCCAAUAACAAUAACAUCAAUAGGAAGAGGCCAGGAAGUGAGGACCGUCCCAUUAUCAGAAAUGGGGAUGGCCAGCAUCAUCACAGAGGAAGUGGGAAGUCAAGGACUAUGUCAGAGAGCUCAGAUGAUGAUGACAGUGAAAAUGAAUACCUUCAGGCAUACCCAGCACCAAGAAUGGAACCUUCCAAACAGGAUGAUGAUAUAAUCUAUGAAAGCCAAAUCGCCAACCCCAGAAGGAGUCGAUCUCCAUCCGACCGGGAGCGACCUCCCAUCCCUGUACCCAAUGAGAGGACCCCGCCCCCAACGAGGACCAAACCAUCUUCCCUGUCCCCUUCUUCACCAUCUACCGCUCAGCCCAGUCCCCAGCACCUUCCCCAUCCCAGGCCAAGGGCAUCGCCACUCAGAAAUGGGUUCAACCAUGCAGGUGCAGGGGUGGUCGGCAUACACCAGGAUGGAGGGGACGAGGAUGAGGAUGAUUAUGAGGAUGUAGUGCAUGGAGAUGGCAAGGUUGAACAGGUCAAGCCAGACGGGUCAAGAGUACUAACUUUUUCUAACGGUACGAGGAAAGAGAUAAGUGCUGACGGUCGGACCAUCAUUAUCUCAUUCUUUAACGGAGAUGUUAAACAGAUUCUUCCUGACCAGCGUGUGGUAUACUACUACUCAGAAACCAAGACAACCCACACAACAUACCAAGAUGGCUUGGAAAUCCUUCAGUUCUCAAACAAUCAAACCGAGAAGCACUACCCUGACGGCACGAAGGAAAUCACCUUCCCAGACCAAACCAUCAAGUAUCUCUUCCCCAACGGCGGAGAGGAGAGUGUGUUUGCGGACGGCACCGUCCUGAGAGUGGACCCCAACGGCCGUCGCGUCAUGGAAUUCCCUAAUGGUCAACGGGAAAUCCACACUGACCAGUACAAGAGGAGAGAAUAUCCUGAUGGCACGGUGAAGACAGUCUACCCCGAUGGUCGGCAAGAGACCAGGUACUCCAGCGGUAGGAUCAGGAUCAAGGAUAAGACUGGAAACAUCGUCGUUGACAGAAAAGGAUGAGGUAUCAUGUAUCAAUGUCAAAUCAUAUCGGGGUAGACUCUGCAGUAUUAUUUGCCUUUUAUAUAGCAUUUGUUAUAUUUUGAAGAACAUCUGGAAGUGCGAAUCAGAUGUAAACCCAGUCAUUAAAUAUUGACUUGCCCAGCAGUGUUAAUUUUGUUGGCAGAGCCUUGGGCGCAAAAAGUAGUGAACAGAAUAACUCCAAGAGGUUAUCCUCCCAGUGUAAAAAGGUAUUCAUGGCAGGAAUUCACCGAACCAUUCUUGGACACCAUCAUUUCGUCUAUGGAGAAAUUGGAAAGGGAGAGAUUAGGAUUCCUGAUGAAAGCUGCGGAUAAAACAUUGUUUUUUGUUUUUUCUUCAUGAACUGAACUGUUGGAAUGUUUGCAGGUGGACUUUUACAUCCCUGCUCUUACAUAUCCUAUGUUGUGUAAUAUAAUUCUUAUGGUCAGUAUGUAUUUUCAUUGCCUGUCAUACAAUUUGUGUCAUUUUCAUUUUAAGUUUCUUGCCAUAUUUUACCUACGUGUAAAAAAAAACAAUAUUUUGAUUUUCAAUAUCAGAAUUUGUAUUCUUUAAUUUUUUUUUUAUUUAUCUGUUUGCAUGUUUGAUUAUGGUUUGUGUUUGAUUUAACCAACUGUGUGAGCCAAAAGGCAAAAAAAAAACUUGUAAUGAGGGCAUUAUUGUUCUAUUUAAAACCAUCAGACAAAAAUGUGCUUCUGGUAAGUUUCUUAUUAUUUUGAUUCAUUGAUUUCCCAUGAACAGCAAUCAUUACAAUAUUUCUAAUGUUUUUUUUAACUACUCCUUGGCUUUUCUCAGAAACUAGUUGGUAAUUUGAUAAAUGCUUUCACUUUUGCAUCUCCCAGUGAUUUUUGAGAUACUGAUAUUUCCUCCCUUAUGAUCGUACUGCUUGCCUAAUGUGAAUUCUACUUUGACUUUCUCUAAAAAUUAUAUAUUUACCAUUAGUUUCAAGGAGAGAAAAAUGUCGUCUUUAAAUUGACGGGGAAAAUAGCUAUUAUCACUAACAUUGUCCUCUUAUAUUAUGUCAUGUUUACAAACUCCCUUUAGAUUUUAUAAAGAUACCAUUUUGUAUAGCAGAGCCAUAAAAUUCUGGUGUGCAGAACACCAUUCUUUGCACUUCUAUAGGUGAACAUAUUACCCUUCCCAGUAUUUUGAUGAUGUACAAAUCAUCCAGCAUGUGCAUCUCAGGGGAAUGCUUCAUAAAUUUUUAGAGGAUGAUAAAUUGGCCCUGAACCAUUGUGAGAUAUGAGUAGACGCUUGAAGGAUUUAGAGCAGCUGUACUAGCGAUAAAAUGUGACAAAAAGUUGCAUCGCAUAUCUAAAGCUUUUUAUUCAAGUUUAGACGGGAGAGCAUCUGGAAUUGAAUGCAAGGAUCAUUAUACCCCACUAUAGUUAUACUGAAAUCAUUUGAAUAUUCCUUUUGCAGAAGACAGUACCAAUUUCUGAAAAAAUGAAGUACACAUUUAGCCUACCUCUUAUAACAUGAGCUUUUUUUCAUAGCUGAAUGACUUUUGUAGAAACUUUCUGAGCAUGACCUUUGCAACUUUUAUAGAUUGAUAUGAAUAAAGGAGAAAAAUAAUUUCUUGCCUAGAUAAUUGUGAUGGUUGUUUUGUGAAGCCAAUGUUUUGCUCACUGUAAAUUUUAUAUGAAGCUUUUGCAAAUUUGCAAGAUGACAUUGUAUUUGCAUCAAGAAUUGUACAAACAAAUUGUGAUCUUAAUUUGUUUGUUUAGUGCAAAAGGGCCAUUACUCCAUUCAUAUAGGGGUUUAAGAUCAUUACAAUUUUUUCAAACCAUGUCCGUAUCAUUUGUGUCAAAAGAUAGUAAAGCAUGAACUGCUUCAUAUUAGAAAAUUAUUUAAAGAUGAGAAUGGUAGUGGCAAUGCUAUUCACUUGAGGAUUUAAUAAUAAUAAUGAACAGUUCUUGUAUAGCGCAUAUCACAUUAUGAAUAUAAUGUCUCUAUGUGCUUGCAAAGGACUUGGAUGUUA